CAAAUUAUGCAAUUAUUAUAACACGUAAUGGUAAUUUAAAGUACUUAUAAUGAUAAUUGAUUCUACAUUUCCUAUUCAAAAAUUGAUUUGGUAUCAAAAUCUUGCACAAAAAAAAAGAAUAAUUCAACUAUUAGAAAACAUAAUGAUAAUUGAAAAUCUAUUUAAAUCGCUAAUCCGAUAAGAAGUACCAUUAAAAAUAGUUAAAAUAGAAUCUAAUUGAUCAUCAAUACAUCAAGACCAAAGAAGGAUACAUGAAACAUAGUCAGAAAGAAUUAAACAUAUUAUGGUAAUUGAAGAAAUUUUUGAACGAAAAUAGAACGAAAGUAACCAUGAAAAUUAUACAACAUCCAGAUGAUGUACGAGAAUUAAAUAUAACAUACUCAGAUUAUUUAAAUCGAUAUAGAAUUCAUAGGAUAUAUUUUCUUAAGCAAAUUAUGCAAUUAUUAUAACACAUAAUGGUAAUUUAAAGUACUUAUAAUGAUAAUUGAUUCUACAUUUUCUAUUCAAAAAUUGAUUUGGUAUCAAAAUCUUCAAAAAAAAAAUUUAAUUAUUAGAAAACAUAAUGAUAAUUGAAAAUACUUCUAAUGAUAAUUGAUUUUAAAUUUUCUAUUCAAAAAUUAAUUUGGUAUAAAGUUUUCAAAAGAGGAUACCAAUUAAAUAAUAAAAAUUGAUGUUUUUCAUAAGUCAAAAUGAUUUUUUACAAUAAGAAAAAUAGAAGGACCAAUUAAGAAAUUUAGAAAACAGAAUACUCCAAGAAUAUUCUGUUAACUUUAACGGAAUGCACUUAACAUUAAACUUAAGUGGUAUCGGGUGCACAAAUAAUAGAAUUCAGUGGUAUCCGACGCUCUAUUCAAAAUUAAGUCGUAUGUCUGCCCCAAUUCUGAAACUUAAGUGAUACCCGGGGUAUUUUACUCGAGAUCGAACGUCUUCCUAAUUAGUUCACUGUGAAGACUAUAACGAACCAUUCAUCAUCCCCUAACCCAUGCUGCCCGCCGCUGUAUGUGUUGGAAGAAAACUAGCGAAACUAUGUGCUAGAGGGGUCGCGGUCUUAGCUAGAGAGGAGCAAUUAAUAUGAAAAUUGGACGUCCAUAUUGGCGCCAGAGCCUACUAGCCCUAGCCGAGGGGCCUCCAUAGUUAUUGCUUUGCCUCUUCUCACUAUUAUUAUCAGCAACCCUUUAUUAUGAUCAAAUCAUAAAUGCGCGUCCCACUCUUGUUUUCAACCUAAUAAAUACCCUCCUCCUCCAUUCAGAUCAGGCUCAUCAGCUCCAUUUCUCCACACUCACUCUUCACUGCAAAAUCUCAGUCCUUUCUAGCUGCUGUAGCACUACUAGCUACUACAUUAGUAUUCCUCCUGAGCCUUGAAAAGAAAGCAACUCAACUUGCUGGACACAGAAAAGGAAAGAUCGACCGAUCGAUGAUGAUGAUGAUGGUACUGCAGAGGUGGUUGAGAGAGAUGAAUCAGGUGUGCAGCAAAUGCAGAGAAGCUGCAGCUUCUCUGUGGGGUUUUGGAGGAUUGACGAUGGAGCCUCCACUUGGAGGGAUCCUGGUUAGCGUCCCAGCCUUACUAACCAGCAUUCUCCUCGCUUCCUUAACCUGCAUCAUUGCAUUAGGAGGUGCUGUGGUUGGAACAGUGUUAGGAGCCAUGAAGGGCCAGACGACAGAGACAGGCUUCCUCCGUGGCUCCAUCAUUGGCGCGGUUGCUGGCGCCAUUACUUCUGUUCAGCUCCUGGAAUCCAUUGCCGACGGCGAGCCCCUGUCCAAGGUGGCGUUACUGCACAGCGUGGUAAGUGGGAAGGUGUUCAUGGAGUGGGUCGGCCCAGCUGUGUUGAAAGCUUACCAGUUUCAGAUGAUGGCCAUGGAAACCACCUACAGAGAAAUGGCUGCUGACAUCUACGACGACACUGCUGCUGCAACUACUGGCCUGCCUCAGCAUUGCAUCCAAGCUCUUCCUCACUUCACGUUCCAGAAAUCGAGCAGACAGCUGUGCUGCUCCAUCUGCCUGCAGGACGUGGAAGCAGGGGAGGUGAUGAGGGAAAUGCCCAGCUGUGGCCACUGCUUCCAUUUGGAGUGUCUUGAUAAGUGGCUGGUGAGGAACGCGUCCUGUCCAAUGUGCAGGACGGCUUACGUCUGCAGCAGCAGUAGUGGUGACAAUUUCGAUGAUCAGUUGUAGAGAUGGCAGGGGAAUAAGAGAGAUGGACAGAUGGAGAGUUUUCAUGUCAGCUUGUAAUCUUCCUUCCAUUCACAAACCUGGAAAGCGAUGGCAAAAAAUGGAAACCAGCUAAGGGUGUUGUUUAGUUACGUUGAAGUCAUUUGAAACAGAGUACCAGCUUACAAUCACUUGAAAAGGAUCAACGAAAUCAGCAUAUCUAACAUUAAUCUUUUUUUUUUUUUUUUAUGGUUGUCAAAACCACUCUUAUAUAUAUGUAGGCUGGUACAAACGAGUCGAGCUAGUAUUUUAUAAAAAUACUAGUAUGAAUUAGUGGUAAAAACUUAUAAAAUUUAUGAUGAUUUCUCAUUUGGUUUAUAAUAUGGAUGAUGAUUAUGUAAACAGAAAUCAUAAUAGCAUGGAUCUUAGAAUUAGAUGAUUUCACGAAUCGGUAAUAUAUCAAGGAAACCUACCUCGAUCCAUGACAAGAGCGGCGGCGGCGGCUUGAGUAGUAAUCACCGGAAUUGAGUUUCUCCCUCUUGACCCAUUUAGAUUUUAGGUUUAGAGAUUUCUAUGACGGCUAAGAAAUUCUACGUAAUGGG